AUGACACGAAUUAUUUUGACCACCGUGGUUGCAAAAAUCGAAGAUACAAGAAAGAAAUGCUUGUUGCGCAAUAAUAAAGAUAAUGACCACAAACAGCAAGCUAUGUGUAAUAUACAUGAAACCCAGUAUCAGGAUCGAUCAUCGUAUCGGAAAGAAGUUAAGAGAUUCACUGUGAUGGCAGAUAUAAGCAGUAUGGAAUCUGCUACCAAAUUCCAAAAGCCUUCACCUUAUAAUGGGGAAACUAGGACAGAUGCGGUCACUCCUUUUCUUCAUCGUUUCCCCUAUUGUAUUGUUUGGACUCCAAUUCCACUGUUGACAUGGUUGUUCCCUGUUGUUGGACACAUGGGGAUUGCUAAUUCAUAUGGGAUUAUAUAUGACUUCGCAGCUCCAUAUACAAUUGGAGAAGACCAAAUGGCAUUUGGUUGGCCGACAAUGUAUUAUCAACCGCAUCCUAAAGACAUCCCAAGUCGGGAAAUAUGGGAUAAGGCAUUGUUUGAGGCAAAUGAAGUCUAUAAAGGACGAGUUCAUAAUCUUAUCUGUGAUAAUUGUCAUAGUCAUGUGGCAUAUGCUUUAAACAAGAUGCGAUUUCAAGAUAAAGACAAUUGGAAUAUGAUCCGUGUUGCUGUCUUAUUGUUCUUUCAUGGGAGAUACGUUAGUAAACGUCAUUUUUUCGCCUCUUGGCUUCCAUUCAUCAUUCUGAUAUGUACAAUUUUGAUGGUAAUAUCACUAAUUUUGCAUAUCAGAUGA